AUGGACACAGUACGCUCGUCCUCCGCUGUACAGGCUGUGCUGUCGACCUACCGCAAAGCUCCUGUUACGCUCUCCAUCUUCGCAUCCUACUUCAUCUCGCGCAUCGUCUCGGGUCUGUGGCUCGACUACCGACUCUUCGUCGCGCUACCCGGAGGACCGCUGCCGAAGAACAUCCUCGGCUGGUCGAUACACUACUUUGUGCUCUCGCCUCUAUCACUGCACAGCAAAUGGACGAGUAGCGGCCUGAUACGCCCGAGGAAUAUGGAAGAUGCCAAGGUCGUGGAGGACAUCAUUGGAGCGGCGGCAGCUUUCGCGAUCGGGUCUCGUCCAACGUCACGCUAA